CUUUAUGGCUCGCCUGCCUCCUUUUAAGUCUGUCAGCAAUCGCCAUGUCGGCGAGACAUUCAAACCAUGAGUCCUCCCGUCGUUCAUCGCUUCCGCCAUAUUAUUCAUAGAGCCCGAAGUUCGGUUUCGCGCCAGCGAAAGCCAACAAUAACCUCUCCCCAGCGCAAUGAUCCCCUCUGGAAACGACUGCCGACCAGCGUUCUGGUCCAGAUCCUCGCGGAAUGCGAUCUCUUCGACAUCUACUCGCUCAUCCUGACCUGUCGCCUGCUCCAUCGGCGCAUCUAUCGCAAUGAAUCCGCCAUCGCCCAGGAAUAUCUGCGUCGUCGCAGACGCCAACUCCAGUUCUCCGAGGACCUGGAAUACGACGAAUUGAUCGAUUCGCCCGGCGACGAUCUCUCCUUCAUCUCGGUCCUCUUCCCUCCUCCGCCACCGCAAUACUCCGGCAUCGACAACGGCAUGCGAGACGAUCUCCCCGAGUACACUCUCGGAUACCUCGCGGACCUCACGCGGUGCUGGACAACUUGCAUCCGACUCUCCUACUACCUCGCCGAGUACGUCGUUCGCCAUCAUCUACAGACCGACGCGCUCGCUCAACCGCUCUGGUCCUCCUCUAAAACCCAGAAGGAAGUGGUCUACAGUCGGGCGGUCGGACUUCUCCAAGCCCGUCUCCUUUACCCCAUGGCCUACCUGGUCUUCUUCCUCGAAACCAACGCCACAGCCCUCGACUCCAACCAGCCCCUCUCGCAACAAUCCAUCCUCCAAGCUCCCCCCUUCACUAACACUUCCAUCCUCCUCUCCACCCACCACUGCAUGCACCUCCUCUGCACCUCCGUCCAGCGCCUCAUGGCCCCCGAAAUCCCCCACACCUCCACAGAGAAUUGGCUCGGCCUGCUCCUCACCACCUCCACGCUCGAGCGCCUCAUGGACUUCUUCGUCGCCGCCGCGGCCGACUCCUCCCCCUCCGCCAUCGCCACCACCACCACCCCUGCAAAACGAAAGCCCUCCUCCUCGUCCCUCUCCACACGCUCCAGCCCCUCGUCCUCCCCGCCCUUGUCCUCUCUCUCCUCGUCCUCGUCCACCUGGACCCGUCGGCGCGAGUUCAUGUGGAAGAUGCGGGCCGAUCUAGGCGAGUUUCUAGCCCUGGCGGGGACGCGGGGCGCGCGGUUUAGCUUUGCCUGUGGCGGUUCAGGUUCUGGGAAUGGGGAUUACCCGUUGCCGAGUCUCGGGGGGAUAUGGUUCGAGGCGGCGCAGAGGGAGAUUUGUCGGCGCGGUGCGAUUCCACAUUUCUGUGAUGAGGUGCCGGUGUUGCAUGGCUCGGCGGUCGUUUUGGGGUGUGAGUUUUGUGAUGAUGGCUCGUUUUUGUGAUUUUCUCCCUUCUCCAUUUCAAGUGGAGAUGGGUGAUGGAUGGUUGUUUGAUUUGGGUCGUUAUGGUUCGAUCUAUUUACGUAUAUAUACCCUAUGCUAGCUAGCUAUUUACUGUGUUUAUUUGUAUUUUAAGCGGAGGCAACCUGUAAAAUUGAAGAGGAUAAGAAAAACGAGUAAUCUAUAAAAGAAGCGAAAAAAGAAAUCACAUAUUUACUUCACAAUCCUUACCCAGGAAUAAGGUACCGUAACAACUAAACUGAACAUGAGAAGGCAGAAAAGAAACUCUAGCCACGCCAAAAGCAUAAAAGUGAGAACGACAGGCAAUGCUGUAAGCGUGGUAUGCAUGAUUCAUCAAGCACAGCGUGACGAAUGCGUGCCAAUAUUAAUACAUCAUUAGGGGUAGCAAAAAGAAGAAGAAAG